UGUUGCUGGGGAUCCCGUCAUGCUAAGACCCUGCUCAUCUCUUCCCAUUUCGGAGUCCCUGCCUCUAUAGACAUGGUGGUUGGAGAGUCUCACAGACCGUGCUGGACACUUUGUGAUUGCCUCUGCUCAUUGCUCUUACCGUCUCUUUUACUAAUAAUAGCUCGACCAGGGAAACUUGCAGCUUUUCCUACCUCCUUAAGUGAUUGCCAAACCCCUACAGGCUGGAACUGUUCUGGUUUUGAUGACAGAGAAAAUGAUCUUUUUCUAUGUGACACAAAUACCUGUAAAUUUGACGGAGAGUGUUUAAGAAUUGGAGACAGUGUGACAUGUGAUUGUCAGUUCAAGUGUCCUCAUGAUUAUAUACCUGUCUGUGGAUCCAAUGGUGUCACUUUCCGGAAUGAGUGCUACUUAAGAGGAGCUGCCUGCAAACAGCAAAGUGAAAUACUUGUUGUGUCUGAAGGUUCUUGUGUGGCAGAGGGAGGCUCAGGCUCUGGCGAUGGAGCCAAUGAAGGUUCUGGGGAGACGAGUCAAAAGGAGACAUCAACAUGUGACAUUUGUCAGUUUGGAGCAGAGUGUGAUGAAGAUGCUGAAGAUGUCUGGUAA